AUGGUGUCCGUGGGCGCGUGGAGGCGCCGCACUCCCGACGACUGUGAGGACAGGUCGGAACCUGGCGCCUCCAGCUCCGGAGUCCCGCGGGCGCCGCCGAACUGCGCCCGCUGUCGCAACCACAGGCUAAAGAUCGAGCUGAAAGGUCACAAGCGUUACUGCAAGUACCGCUACUGUACCUGUGAGAAGUGUCGUCUCACCGCCGACAGGCAGAGGGUUAUGGCUCUGCAGACGGCGUUGCGGCGAGCUCAAGCGCAGGAUGAAGCGCGGGCGCGGGCUCUAGAGACAGGGAUUCAGCCACCAGGGAUAGAAUUAGAUAGGCCAGAGCCUCCGACAGUGAAGGCUCCUAGGAGUCCCGUGGUGCCGCCCCCGGCUGCUAUAGACCGUCGAUCGCUGGGCUCAGCCAGUUGUGAUUCAAUUCCCGAGUCUCCUCCCGGCAUGUCUCCGUAUUCAGCUGCCCCAGCAUCCGCGCCUCCUCAGCCGACCAUGCCGCCUCUACUGCCGCCACAGCAACCAGCGGUUUCUCUGGAGUCGUUGGUGGAGAACUGUCAUAAGCUGCUGGAGAAGUUCCACUACUCGUGGGAGAUGAUGCCAUUAGUGCUGGUCAUCUUGAACUACGCUGGCAGCGACCUCGAGGAGGCUUCCAGGAAAAUCGACGAAGGGAAGAUGAUUAUCAACGAAUACGCGAGGAAACAUAAUCUGAACAUAUUCGAUGGGCACGAGCUACGGAACUCGACUCGACAGAAAAUGCUGAGCGAAAUUAAUAAUAUUAGUGGUGUACUGUCAUCGUCGAUGAAGUUGUUUUGCGAAUGA